CUUUCGAGGGAGACGGCAGAGGGCUGAAGUCAUAAGAGAGCGAGUUGGAGUGGGGGAAUGAGUAUUGCACGCAAAACUGAAAAGAGCUGAAACUGCGCAGAUUAUUUUUGCUUUAACUGUCGACCAACGAGAGGUGCGCGACAAUCAAGAGAACCAACACAUUCUCACCUCAUCGAAACGUGUUACUUUAUUACAGUUAGGUGCUGCUGUUGCCAGUGACGCGCGCGGCUCCCAGUUUUGGUCUGCUCGGUUAGAUGAUGGGGAUGACGCGAUGACCUCCUACACGCAGGGCACAAUAAAGUAGCCCACACCUGGACGUGCGGCGAACUUCGAGAGAGUAUCAGUGGAAGAUACAGGAAAAGGACAACUGAAACUGUAUCAAUAUGCCAACCUCGAUUAUAUGAUCUACGCUUUCUUUCUUUGAGUAUCUUCUUUUUCCCGCGGUGGAUGAUAAUCUAACGGUUUGAUUGUGGGAAUAUGCUCACUACGGAUACCUGAUUUGGUCUCGCUUUGUGGCACACAUGAGGAYUCUAUYAAGGAUGUUACUGUCUAAACGGCCCAGGUGUCAUUGGGCCAUCGUAAAUCAGACAUCACUCUCUGCGCAGAGCAGGGGAUUCUGCUCUUUCCAGGAAUAARACAACACAUUCCCUCUCAAAAAAGUGGAAUCAAAGCUGCACUUUUCUGGAGGACAUUGACAUUGGCUAUACAAGUCAUCAUCUCCGGGUUACUAUGCAAUUACAACUGAUCUCCUUUGUUUUGAUCUUGCACUGCAUGGAAUACACUGAUUGUCAGCAGCAACCCUCUAGGCAUCGGCAAMAUAAACAGAUCCCAGGGGUGAGCUCAGGGUGCCAGGGAGGCUGUCUGACCUGCUCUGAUUACAAUGGCUGUCUGUCCUGUAAGCCCCGCCUCUUUAUCUUCCUGGAGAGAAAUGGGAUGAGGCAGAUCGGGGUGUGUCUGCCCUCCUGCCCCAGCGGUUUCUACGGCACCCGCUCGCCAGACAGAAACACAUGCACAAAGUGCAGGCCGGAGUGUGAUUCUUGCUUCAAUAAGAACCUUUGCAUGCGGUGCCGAGCGGGGUACUAUCUCCACCUGGGCAAGUGUCAGGAGAGCUGCCCAGAGAGCCUGGUCUGCAGCGACACACAAAGGGAAUGUGUUCCCAAGUGUCCUGCGGACUGUGAUGCCUGUCUGAUCAAUGACACAUGUACAAGGUGCAGAYCAGGCCUGUACCUGCUGCUGGGGAAGUGUCACCACGUCUGUCCAGACGAGUUUGAACCAAACGACAAACUCAUGGAGUGUUCCCUUCAAGUGCACUGCGCGGUGGGUGAGUGGGGCGAGUGGAGCCCCUGCUCCCGGUCGGGGAAAACCUGUGGAUUUAAAUGGGGUGAGGAGACGAGGACCCGGGAAGUUGUCCAGAUCCCUUCCGCCUACGGAAAACCCUGUCCCCCCAUCUGGGAAAAGAAAGAGUGUGUCCUCAAGAGGAGGCGAUGUCCAGUCUGCCCCCCUCCACCACACACCACUGAGAGGCCACCUCCCCCUUGCUGUCCUGUCCUCUAGUUUCAUCAGACCAGAGAGACCCAAGACUGCUGUUGAUUGGACGGGAAUGUACAAAACUGCUCUUGUGAUUGGAUGGGACUGUACAGAGAGGAGAGGAGUGAGACAUUCAAAUGUGACAGUAUGGGGAUGAUGAUGUGUUUGUCAUUGGGAGUCGGGACAAUGUAAAUGCUUGUUGAAUCGGUUAUUUAAAAGGGUCCCGCCUAGUUAAAAACAAACUUUGCGUCUUGGUUUGAAUGUAGAUUUAAUUUGUAACAUUAUGUAGAAUUGUUGUUGUUGUUUAAAUGUCUUUUUGUUUUUGUUUGUUGUUUUUUGCUGAGUAAAUUAUCAUGGGAUAUCACUAACAGAAAGACAGACAGAUGUGGUUACUGCAUCCAGAUGUGUAGUAAACAUAUGAGACAAACCGACUGAAUUGAUUUUGUGACAGAAUGAGGACGGACCCCAUUGUUUUCCUCCCAACUUAUUAUUGAUCAUGUUUGUUCAGAAGCGUCCUGGACAAAGUGCUAGUUUGCCUAUCUGUGUAAGCAGGAUCUGUGCUUUCACUAAAGCCACCUGAGCAGAAAUCAAAAGCAUCUGUAUGUCAAAUAAACUAUAAUGGGUUUGUA